AUGGUGAAAGAGAACGUAAUUAUCAAAGAAAACCACACCACACCACACCACACCACGCCACACCACACCGUACCACCCACACACAUCAAAAGACAUCACAUAACACACCUCACCACACCACAUCACACCAUACCAACCACCAAACCACACCACACAACACCACACAAUACACCACACCACACAACACCACACCACACAACACCACACCAUAUUAUACCACACAUCGAACUAUACCACACAACGCACCGCGCUACACCAGACUAUACACCACACAACAUCACACAAUACCGCACAAACCACUCCACACCACACCGCAUACCACACCACACCGCACACCACACCACACCGCACACCACACCACAUCACACCAUACCAUACCACACACCACACCACACAUCACACUGUACAACACCACAUAUCACACAACACCACACCACUCCACACAGGAUCACAUCACUACAUCAUAACAUACCACACCACAACACAUCACACAUCAUGCCACUCUACAAUGCACACGGCACUACACCACACCGCACUUUCACAGCACACCACAACACAUAA